UUGCAGGUGUGGACUGAUAUCGAUCUGGAAGACCUCGUUCGAAUACUCACGCUGCCGAAAUUUGGUAAUUUGGAACAACUGAAGAAUGCAGUACGCUCGGUGAUUAUCGAUUUGCAUUAUGAUCGAUUCCAGAGGGAGUAUAACCAACAUUCGACCGGUAUGCGAUGUGCUUUGUACCGAGAACUGAUAGCCACCGGCAACCUGAGUGAAAAUUUAAAAUCACUGCCAAGCGAACUCGAUCUGCUCGAAGAGAUGAGGAUCAAGAAGAGCUUCGUCAAGAAAACGAUGACCACUAACGAUGUGUGA